CAUUAACUCCUGAGUUCUUAAGGUAUUUGGCUGUGGUGUGGAUUAAGUCCUGGGUACCUGCAGCCAUGGGUAAAUUGCCAGCCCUGCUGCUGAGUGUCUUGCUGGUUGUCCUGUGUGGAACCUGCUCAGCAGGUCCACUGGGCAAGAAUUUUGUUACGGUCUUCAUGCAGAACUACAAGUUAUCUUACAGUACUGGCACCUUCAAGCUCUUCAUUACUGGGUACAACCCUUCCACUACAGUAACCGUGUGGAUGAACAAAUCCAGCUUCAAACAGGUCUUAAAUUUAAAUGACCGAGCCACUCUCACUGUCCAAAUCCCCGAAAAUGCAGAGUUGUCUGGUGUCGGCAAGUCAAGCAAUGUAAUAGUAAUCCAGGCUGAUAAAGAGAUCUCAGUCUUGUCUCUGAACUAUAAGUUAAAAAGCGCUGACACUAGCAUUGUGUAUCCCGCUGAAGACCUUGGCAGUGACUAUUAUGUGGUGACACCUUUAGGUGGCCCUGAUGAUGGGUUUAAGGAAUUCUCUGUAGUCAGUAAUGAAGAAGCUACCAAUGUAGAUGUCUAUCUCACAGGAGCAGUCGUGUAUCAAGAGAAACUCUACCCAGCUGGAGCAAACUUGACUGUACUUCUAGAACCUUAUAACGCUCUUCAGCUACUCAGCAGAGAUGAUCUGUCUGGGACCAGAGUGAUUUCUCAGAAACCUGUGGCAGUCUUGAGUGGUCACACAUGCACAUGGAACAAUACAAGGUGCAAUCAUGUAUAUGAGCAACUCAGGCCAGUCUCCAGCUGGGGUACCACAUUCAUCAUACCUCCAAUCUUCUUACAAACCAAGCCUGAUAUUGUAUAUGUGGUGGCUGCUCAGAAUACAAAGAUCAGCUACCAAAUCAAUGCGGUGAGAUCAACCCUGGACUUGAGCACAGGGCAAGUGAUUCAGCUGACUAUACCAGUCAAUGUAUCCAUUUACCUUUCUGCCAGUGCUGGCGUUCAAGUUAUUUACUACUGUACUGGUUGGAUGGACAAGAAUUUAACACAAUAUGAUCCUCUGCUGAUGACUAUACCACCAGUUAGCAGCUAUUGCUCUUCCUACUAUAUAUAUGGCCAACAGGACUUUGACAACUAUGGCUUAAUAGUGGCAAUGACCACGGACAUCUCUAAAAUCCAUAUAAACAAAAGCCUUGUCCAAGGUUUAUCGUGGAAAAAUAUUACUGGAACUGAUUAUUCUUGGGCAGCUCAGGGAUUAGGGAAAAACUUUAGCUUCCAAUUGGUUGAGAAUCCAUCAUCACCCUUUAUGUUGCUGUCAUAUGGCUUUAUCAGUCUUAACAGCUAUGGAUCCCCAGCUAUUUGCAUUAACGGUACUGUUAGUCCAUCUUGCAGCACCAUUAAAUGCAGAGCUAGAGAGACGUGCAAGAUGUCCAAUGGGAAACCAGUGUGUUCUCCAUACUCUGAGGCUUAUUGUCAUGCUGUUGGUGAUCCCCAUUACCGCACUUUUGAUGGUCGCUACUAUGACUUCCAAGGAACCUGCAGUUACACUGUUGCCAAGACUUGUGGUAAUGACAGUGGCCUUCCAACUUUCAAUAUAGAAGCCAAGAAUAAAAAUCGAGGCAAUACCCGUGUUUCUUAUAUCGGCUACGUUGCAAUACAAGUUUAUGAGAACACUGUCUCUGUAGUGAGAGGGGAGUAUGGCUUUGUAAGGCUGAACAACCAACGUCAAGCUCUCCCCUUGAGCUUGAAUAGUGGUCAAGUACGUCUCUAUCAAUCUGGUGGAUUUCUUGUCUUAGAAACUGACUUUUCCUUGAAGGUAUACUAUGACUGGAACUCUAUCCUAAAAAUACAGAUCUCCACCAGCUUAUCUGGCAGUGUUUGUGGCCUAUGUGGGAACUACAAUGGAAACCCAUCAGAUGACCUCAUGAAACCAGAUGGCACUCGGGCUCCUAACAUGAUUGAGUUUGGUAAAAGCUGGGAAGUGUUGGACGGUGACCGGUUCUGCUGGCACAACUGUAAUGGAGAGUGCAAGACCUGCCCUCUCGAAACUCAACUGAAAUACUCAAGUGAAGAAAGUUGUGGCCUUCUAUCUAAGGCACUUGAUGGUCCCUUCCAACAAUGCCAAUCUGUCAUAGAUCCAAGGCCAUACCUGGAUAACUGUGUCUAUGAUCAGUGCAUGAAUGGAGGUUCCAAACAGAUUCUCUGCCAGAGUUUGAAAACCUAUGUUGACGCCUGCCAGAGAAGUAAUGUACAGAUUGCAGAAUGGAGACAAGUCUCUGGAUGUCCAAUGCAAUGCCCUGAGAACAGCCAGUACAAGCUAUGCGCUCAAGCAUGUCCACUUACCUGUAACGAUGAUGCUGUACCAUCCGUGUGCUCUGACACCUGUGUGGAAACCUGUCAGUGUAAGGAUGGAUACGUGCUAGAUGGAGGAAAGUGUAUACCCAAGGCGAACUGUGGAUGCAUCUACCUAGGGAAGCUCUACGCAGCCAAUGAGAGGUUCUGGGGUGACAGUAAGUGUGAGAAGCAGUGCUCUUGUAAUCCUGUCACCAAGAAGGUUGAAUGCACAUCCACCCGGUGUAAGUCUUCAGAGAAAUGUUCCGUGGUCAGUGGCCUCCAAGAUUGUUAUCCUGUAUCUUAUGGUACUUGCUCAGCUUCAGGAGAUCCCCACUACUUCACCUUUGAUGGAGUGAGAUAUAACUUCCAGGGUACAUGCAUCUACCAAUUUGCUGGACUCUGCAAUAAGUCAGAAGACCUAAUAGACUUCCAGGUCAAUACUCAAAAUGAUAACCGAGGGAUCGGAGUUGUGUCUUACAUCUCCGCAGUUCAAGUCAAGAUCUAUAGCUUUGAUGUUGUCGUCAGAAGGCAGUUCAAGGACAGGAUUUUGCUGAACGGUAUAUUAACAAACCUCCCCUUCAUAGUUGAUAAUGGCAAGCUGUCCAUCUACAGGCAGGGUGACACUGCAAUAGUCCAGUCAAACUUUGGUUUACGUGUGUCUUACAAUUGGGACAGUCGUGUUGCGGUCACAGUUCCUGGUGGCUAUGCUGGAGCCAUGUGUGGUCUUUGCGGCAACUUUGAUGGUGACCAGAGCAAUGACUUCCUAAUGAAAAACAACCAGCUAACCACCAAACCAUCUGACUUUGGCAAUAGCUGGAAGGUGCAAAAUGUGUCUGGUUGCUAUGAAGAUGACAAAGCAGAGUGCCCCAAUUUAGCAGAACUGGAACUCCACCAUAUUAACAAUAAACAAGGAUGUGGAAUUAUUACAGACAAGAAUGGACCUUUUCGUGAUUGCCAUGCCAAGAUAAACCCACAAGGAUACUUCAAGAGCUGUGUGUAUGAUGCUUGCUUCUACAAAGGCAGGCAAGAUGUUCUCUGCAAAAUAAUAGCAAGCUAUGCAGUUUUGUGCCAAGAGGCUGGAGUCUCCAUAUACCCAUGGAGAACCAACAAGUUCUGUAGUCCAAAUUGUCCAAAGAACAGUCACUAUGAACUAUGUGCAUCUGGCUGUGCUCCCACAUGUCUAUCGCUCUCCUCUCCACUGGGAUGCAACCCUACAUGUUUUGAGGGAUGUGAAUGUGAUGAUGAUUUUCUCCUUAGUGGGGGAGACUGUGUUCCCAUUUCUCAAUGUGGCUGUAGCUACAAUGACAAAUAUUACAAGUCUUGGGAAAUAUUUUUCUCCAGUGAGCUGUGCAAUCAACAGUGUAUAUGCACAGUUAGUGGAGUGGUGCAGUGUAAGGCUUUUACAUGUGGACUCAAUGAAGAAUGUAAAGUUAUUGAUGGAGUCCAGAAAUGUCAACCAGUGGGUUCUGCUCAGUGUUCUGCAGCAGGUGAUCCUCACUACAUAUCGCUUGAUGGACUGGCCUUUGAUUUUCAAGGUACCUGCACCUACAUACUCGCCAAGACUAUCACAAACAAAGAAAACUUGGUACCUUUUGCCAUCACUGUGAAAAACGAAAAAUGGGGUAAUGGAAAGGUUUCUGUAACUAGACUGGUGUCUCUUGAAGUCUAUGGAUACAACCUAGUUCUUGCGUAUAAUGUCCAAGGUCGGAUUAAGAUUAAUGGCGUAUAUGGUAACCUCCCAUUGAACUUGGAAGAUGGCAAGAUUCAAGCUUACCAGAAUGGAAUCGGGGUCAUUAUUGACACAGACUUUGGCGUUCAGGUGAACUAUGACCUGGUCUACCACGUGAUGGUCACUGUUCCAGGAAACUACAAGGAACAGUUGGGUGGCCUGUGUGGCAAUUACAAUGGCAACAAAAAUGAUGACUUCCAGCUCCCCAACAAGAGUCUGACUACAUAUGCCACCAUAUUUGGAGCCUCCUGGAAGGUUCCAAUCCCUGGUGUAACUUGUGACAAUGGGUGUGGUGGCAGUGGUUAUGCCUGUGCAUCUUGUAAUGACCAAAAAGUAGGAAUAUUCAAGUCUGAAGUCUACUGUGGAUUCCUAAAGAAGGCUGGAGGCCCCCUUAGUGCUUGCUAUGCCACUAUUAACCCUGAUCUAUACUUCAACAAUUGUGUCUAUGACCUGUGUGCUGGGGAUGGUAGCAUCCUUUGCUAUAGCAUUCAAAGUUAUGUUGCUGCAUGCCAAGAAGCUGGUGUCACUAUACAGCCAUGGAGAAUGGAUUCAUUCUGUCCUAUGUCCUGUCCAGUGAAUAGUCAUUAUGCACUUUGUACCAGAACCUGUCUGCAAACUUGCUCUGGGAUUACCGAGCCGAUGAGAUGUACUGAUAGAUGUUUCGAAGGUUGCGAAUGUGAUGCCGGCUACUUGUUAGAUGGAGAUCAAUGCGUCACCAUGGACAAAUGUGGAUGUGUAUUUGGUGGACGAUACUUGAGUGAGGGAGAGUCCUUUGUCAAUGAAGACUGUAGCCUUCAAUGCAAAUGCCAAGCUGGUGGUGUGACCUGCACAGCAGUUUCCUGUACUUCCAAGCAGCGCUGUGGUCUCGUCAGUGGUGUGCGAGGUUGCUACAAGGUGGAUGGUGAAUGUUCUGUAAACCCACAGAAGCUGGUCACAUUUGAUGGCCUCUCGGGAGCAACCAUUGCAAAUGGCCUAUUGGAGGUUGCAUCUCUGUGUAACAUGGAUGCAUCCGAGUGGUUCAGAGUUCUUGCCGAUAUCCAGAGUUGUGGACAAGCACCAUCUGUCUCAAGAAUCCAUAUCUUUCUUCGUGGUGGCCUAGUGACCAUCUCCAAGAAUAAGGAAGUCUGGGUUAAUGGGCGCUUGGCUUCUCUUCCCACUUUGUUUGCCAUUGUGUCAGCCAACACUGGGGAUAGCGCCGUUAUUACCCAGAUUGGCACAGACUUGAAGAUUGAGUUAAGCAACAGUGGAAAACUCUUGAUCCAGGUUUCGGAGGGUCUUUCUGAGGCAGUUUGUGGCGUCUGUGGAAAUUUUAAUGGAGACGCCUCUGAUGACCUCAGGGCUCCUGGAGGGAAGGUUGUCAAUGACCUUUUGCAACUCGUAGCAUCUUGGAGAGCUCAUGACUUCAACAGCUGUAAUGCGUGAGCCAGUAAGAAGAAUACCUGGUGUACAAACCUAGAGGAUGCCCCAUCGACCAAAUUGAUCACUGAAAAUAUUAAAUGAAUGACUGUAUAGAAUCUCUGUAAUGAAAAUUGCUACAUUUUAGAUGCAUUGAAAGUAUUUGUGAUGUGCAUCGUGUAACCUUUUCUACCAGUGACCAGUAUACCUCUUGUUCCAUCGUGCAGGAAUUCAGUGGCCUAUGACUGCCAGCCUGCAACAAUUACUAGUUAACACUGGGCCUUUCCUUGCUUUAAUAACAAGUUGGUAAAUGCAUCUACCUGUGAAUUGUUGCUUUGACUGUAUCCAUGUGAAUCAUCCAGUGCAGUAAAAUGCAAAGGUUUGAAAAUAAAGGUGAAAUUUCAGA